GGCCACACAGCCCGGAAGACCCACACCAGCCUUCCCCAAGGUAGUUGCUCAUAUUAUUAGCUCAGUGUUUCUUUCUUGAUUCUCCCCAAAUUGUGCUACACUUCCAGUGUUAACCUCCUGAGCAGAUUUUCUGCAGAAAAAUACUGGAAAAAAUGUCAUGAAGCAAUAGAAAUACCACAGAUGUUAAACAAUGUCAUUUGGACCCUCCUGGAAUUCUGUGAAGGAGACACUGGCUCUUGCACAGCACAGGAGAAGUCCUUGGGUCAUCUGCAGAAGAGGAGCUUUUCUGAGCUGCUGUGCAUCUGCUUUGUGGGUUCACCAAGAGCUUUAGGCUGCAGCAGCGGCAUCUCAAGUGCCAGCUACUGUGGGGCCUGGUCAGCCUCCUAAGUGGACGAGCCUGGACAGCAUUCACUUGAAGAAGCUGCUGUUCUCGCUCCUUGUGCUGCAAACAGAGGAAGAUAAGUCAUCAGUCCUGCUUCUGUUUUGCUUUGGUCUUUGUGGUGGGGACACGGGGGUCCCUGUGUUCCGCCUGAGAGGCUCAGAAAGGGUUUGGGGUGACCAGAGCGGCAGCAGGCAGUGUGGGCAAGGCUCCCUGGCACUGACGCUGCUGGGUGGGGCUUUCUGAUCUGCAGGGUUCGAAGGCUGCUCCAUGGUGCCCAGCAUCUACCCCUUGGAGACGCUGCACAAUUGCCUCUCGCUUCGCCAGGUCAGCGAUUUCCUGACGGCUCUGUCCAGGAGCUGCCACGACUCCCAGCUGAAGCCCCUCGCAGACGGCAGCAGCCCGUCCAGUACGGCCGCCGGUAAAGGCCCCACAGAAUCCUUGACCUCUUCAGCAAGCUGCUUCUACGAGGACCAGGUCACCGACCAGCCCUCUGGGAAGGAACUGCUCAACACUGAAGAAGGGAGCCUGCAGGGCUUCACCUCUUGGGGGGAGCUCCUGGCAGUGAGCGAGGAAGAAGUGGGGCCGGAGCAGGGACGGUUGGAGGAGGCCCUGGCCGAGAGAGAAGAGCAGCGGGCGAUGCCCCAGUCAGAGGCGAGAGAGGGGAGGCCAUGGGGACUGUGGGACCUGGACCCGGACCCAGACGAGCUGAGCAGAGAGGAGGUGUGAAGGCCCUCUAAGCCAGAGGUUCUGGGGACCUUAGUUGGGAAGAAGGGUGGGGGAGCGCCUUCUGCUCCUCCGCAGAGGUCUUGGGAGGCAGCAAUUCAGCCAGCAAAAGCCUCAGUCCAGGAGCCCCUUGGAUUGCCUGCUGACCACGGUCCACGCCGCCCCAGCUGGAGCUGAGGAAGCUUCAGGAUGAGCCAGGUGGAUCACAUGCUCUGGGUUUUCCAUGUGGUGUCAGUGAGGCUGCUUGAAACAGUCAUCAAGAUGGCUUCUGAUGGGUCUGGGAUGGUGUAGAAAGUGGACUGGCCUCCCUGUAUCCCAAAUUCCAACUUUGCUGGAACCACCAAGAGAAUCAAGUUUUCUUAGAAAUACAUGAGUGAGUUGCCAAUGGUGUUUAGCAAGUGCAAAUUGUAAUAUAUUCUUUGCAUUAAGGGCGGGGGGGAGGAAGGGGGUCCAGAUGUCAUGUCCAAAAUGUCUGGUUAAGAUUUGUUUUUUUGUGUUUCCCUCAUUAUGAAUCGUGACACUGUCCCUAAAGUCAUUCUGUAUCUUCAAGCUGUAGUAAAACACACUAGGCACCUGGUUUCACCCUUAUUCCCUGC